UCAAUCGUUAGUCAACACUAAAAUUAAGCAGAACUAAGAAAAUAAAAAUAAUUGUUGCUAUUUUUUCGGGGGCAUCAGUUAAGUUUUUGGAUACGCAUUUUAUAGAUAAUUCGAGACGUGCGAAAGCGCAUCACGUUGUUAUCUGCGGGGAAAGAGAGUUUUUGAAUGUGCGUGUGCGAGAAUUCGAGCGUGCUGUGUGUGUGAAGAAAAGUCUUGACACGUGAAGUGAAAAAUUCCAAUUUGGAAUUUUUUUGAGAGAGCAAGCGAGAGAGAGAGAGCAAGGAAAUGCAAAAUAAUCAAAUUGCCAACAAAAUGCCGCUUUUUGCCUACAAGGGAAUCCACAUAUUGAGUGGCCAACAACUACGCAAACUAAGCGAGCACAAAUACUCCUGCUCCAGUUCUAGUCUAUUGGAUCCGCUGCUGCAACCCUGGUGGAAUUGGUUGGUGGCCCAAACGCCGCUCUGGCUGGCCCCCAAUUUGAUAACAAUUGUCGGUCUUGUGCUCAAUAUAGUGACCACAUUGAUAUUAAUAUGCUACAGCCCAAAUGGCAUGGAGCCACCACCGCGUUGGACCUGUUUCCUUUGUGCUCUGGGUCUAUUCAUCUAUCAGAGUUUGGAUUCAAUUGACGGCAAACAGGCUCGUCGUACGAACACCUCAUCGCCAUUGGGCGAACUCUUUGAUCAUGGCUGUGACUCUAUAUCGACUGUUUUUGUGGCUCUUUCUGCCUGCAUCUCGUGCCAGUUGGGUCACUAUCCCAACUGGUUAUUCUUUCAGUGCUUCUGCGCCAUAGCUUUAUUCUAUUGCGCUCAUUGGCAGACUUAUGUCUCGGGUACAAUGAGAUUUGGACGCGUCGAUGUGACCGAGGCUCAGUUUUCGAUUAUGGCCAUACAUCUGAUAUCGGCGGCAUUGGGUCCAGAGAUAUGGUUGACCAAGAUUGGCAUUGGCAAUAUUGAGCUUUGGUAUGGUCUAUCAAUAGCCACCACUGUGUGCGGUCUAUUCUCCCUAACCUAUGUUUUUUCCAUCGUUGUGGCCGGUGGUGUUGGCAAAAAUGGCUCAACAGUUGCUGGCACAAGUGUGCUUUCACCUAGCAUACCAUUGACUUUGGUGGUGCUACCAGCUUUAAUAAUCGCCCAAAAAUCGCCACAGAAUAUAUUUACCGAGCAUGCCUCGGUUUAUAUCUUAGCCUUUGGCAUGGUUGCCGCCAAAAUAACCAACAAGCUAGUGAUAGCCCAUAUGACGAAAUCCGAAAUGGAGUAUCUGGACUGGUCACUGCUUGGUCCAUCACUAUUGUUCCUGAAUCAAUAUUUCAAUUGUAUUGUGCCAGAGAUUUGGUUACUUUGGUUCACCCUCAUCUGGGGUACACAGGAUCUAUUGCGCUACUGUUCACAGGUGUGCCUGGAGAUCUGUCAACAUUUGCACAUUGAUCUCUUUAGGAUCCCAUAUACGCCUAAAGGUAGCGCGGCGCAUCCAGCCACCGCCUCAGUUAGCAGCCAAAGUAACUUUGGCGGCAAUGCCGACAAGAAUGGAGGCACCACACAUCGAAAAUCAAAAAGCAAACCCCCCCACUAGACAACCUGGAAACCAAUCGAUGGUUAACAUUAAUUUAAUUAGUUUCUUUUUUAAAAAUUUAUGUCGUUGAUGGAAAAUGAGAUAUCGAGGAUUGAGAUGAGAUAAAGAAGAAGACAAAGAGGCAGGAGACAAUGGCCGUGUAGGAGCAAGUUUAGAAUCAGAAAUUAGCACAUGUUAUACAAAUUGUGAACCACAACCCAGCAAAAUUCACCGUCAAUCUUGAAACAAGAAGAAAUACAAUUUAAAUGAGAAGGCAAACAAAAAAGAAGCAUAAGCAAAUGUUUUGCUAAAACCCAGCCCCUCCAGAUAUCAAUUAUUUGGCUACGUAUAUAUAUAUAUAUAUAAUAAAUAUAUUUUAUAUAA